AUGAUAAUAUCUGAAGAUGUACCGUCAACAUCGAUAGGAAAGUCUGGCCAGAUAGUAAUGAAGCUUUUAGAACCGUAUCUUGGAAAGGGUCAUACACUCGUGACAGAUAAUUGGUACAGCAGUCCGAGUUUGUUCUUACUAUUACAUAGAAACAUAACUAACGCAUAUGGAACAGUAAGAAAAAACAGAUUGGGAAAAAAUAGGUCGGAAUUAGAUAAAAAGAUAAACAAAGGAGAAUGCAUAUUUCGUUCAGAAAAGAAUGUAUUAGCGUUGAAAUGGAUGGACAAAAGGGAAGUGUGGAUGAUUUCCACCUAUCAUUGUCCCAAUAUGAUUGAGACCGACAAGAUAAACUACGUAACGAAAGAAAAAAUAGUAAAAUCGCAAUGCAUACUUGAUUAUAAUAAAACAAUGGGAACAGUUGACAAAGUUGAUCAAGUUUUAUACAUUCUAAAUUCUACCAGGAAAAGCUUAAAGUACUACCUGAAGCUGCAAGUGCUCAGCAGCAUUCAUACAGAACAGAUUUAG